GUGUGUAGAGGCGGGAUGCGGCUCAGUGUGUGUGUGACUGCAGCCUGACCAACACACACCGUCCUCCUCUCCAACACACACACACACACGCGUGGACACACACUCUGAGCGUCUCACCUUUUCCCUCAGUGAACCUCCACCAUGGACCUGGACCCGGCCGUCAUCAUCCCCGCCAUCCUCUUCACCGUCGUUGCCAUUUAUUUCGCUUCUUCGCUCCUCAGCAAGAAGCCCGACGCCUCCUCCUCCUCAGCCGGGAACAAGAAGCCUAAAGUCGGCUACGGAGACGACGUCCCUCCGUCCAGAGCUCUGGGAGAGCAGCUCCGACCCGAGCCUGAAGCCUCCCCGCGGCCAGAGCCUCCAGCUCCGGCUGUGGAGGACAUCGGAGCCGCUGAGAAGGUCCAGGACGUCCCGGACUCACAAGUGAAGGCUGUCCCAGAACCAGUAUCAGCACCAGAACCAGUAAGGAAACCAGAACCUGUUCCAGAACCAGUAUCAGCACCAGAACCAGUAAAGAAACCAGAACCUGUUCCAGAACCAGUAUCAGCACCAGAACCUGUCCCAGAACCAGUACCAGCACCAGAACCUGUCACAGUACCAGAGACUGUACCAGAACCAGUUGCAGUACAAGAAGUAGCUGCAGUACCAGAACCUACUCCAGAGCCAGAACCUGUGCCGGAGCCAGUAUCAGUACCCGAACCUGUACCAGAACCAGCUGCAGUCCCAGAACCAGUAUCAGUGCCUGAACCUGUCCCAGAACCAGUAUCAGUACCAGAACCUGUCCAAGAACCAGUAUCAGUACCCGAACCUGUACCAGAACCAACUGCAGUCCCAGAACCUGUCCCAGAACCAGCUGCAGUCCCAGAACCAGAGUCUGUUGUGGUGCCUGAACCGGUACCUGAAGUGGUCCAGCAGCCUGUGGCGGAACCAGAGAAGGUUGUGGAGGAGUCUUUACCUGAGCUGGUCCCUGGUUCUACAGAAGACAGCCUGCUGAACCCCGAACCGGUCCCAGAGGAGUCACCCAAGCCCAAACCAGAACCUGAACCAGAGACCGUCCUCAACAAUGACGUGGCUGCAGCUGAAGAUAAAGUGAAGUUCACUCCCGGUAAGAAACAGAGCAAGUUCGAGACGCUGAUGACGAAGGAGGAGAUCGAGGAGGAGCAGAGGGUGCAACAGGAGCAGCUGGCGGCCAUCUUCCUCCUGCUGAGGGAGAACCAGGAGGCGCUGGGAGAGGUGACGGAGGGAGACAUGGAGGAGCAGCUGAAGCUCUACUCCCUCUGAGACGCACCUGACGCCAUCAUGGCCGCCCGCCCGUCCUCUCAGGGAGUCCUGUCAUGUUACCAUGGCAACACCACCUCUCACAAAAACUUGAAUGUAAGAUGCUGUAGAUGAACGAGACGUUCAGACGCUCACACAGACGCCUCGUCCUCACCAGAGUUAGACUCAGACAGGAAGUGAAUCCAGACUGUGUUUCCUGUUUCCUGUUCUCAUCAGAAUGAACGGUGAUCCAUCUUUUCCUGGACCCUGGUCUGAGGUCUGAAACUUUACAGCUGAAAGCUCUAAAGAAAGAAGGAAACAAACAAACAGCAGCAGGAAGCAGAGUUUAGAAAAAAUCUUUUUCUCAUCACGACAGCAACACGAUGACUUUAUUCUAUAAUCAGACUUUUUGUUUAUAAUGUUACAGCCUCCUCCUGAAACGACCGCAUGUUAUAUAUUGAAUGAAAUAUUAUUGAUUCUCUCUGAAUGAUGAGACUUUUUCUUUCUCUUCUCCAUCUUUAUAUUUGGACUCUCUCUUUUACGACUGUUUUCAGAAUAGUUUAACUUCCAUAUUUUCUGUUUAAAAGAAGAAGUCUAAACUAACCUGGGUUUGUAGACUGUACCUGCUGCAUUCUGGGUAACGUAGUGUUUCCUAACAGGUCUGUAGCUGAUGUUUAAUGACUGUGUGAUUUUUACUUUAGAGAAUCAAACAGAUGAAAGAGGCUUUAUUCAUUUAACGUCUGAUGAAUCUGUGAUGACUUUAUGUUUGUUUGUUUUUCAUGAUAAUAAAUAUUGAAAUAGAAAA